GGACGCCUCUUCCUCGGUUUAAAGUUGCUGCCGCCGCUCAGGGAAGUGGCCUGUCUGCAACAGGCGAGGGAUCGGGACCUACCUCCGUCUCCCGGGGACUAUGCUGCAAUCCCGACCUGCCCUCAGCAAGCAUCGGAGCUGUUCGGGGAGGAGAAGUCGGUAAUGUCUCCGCUGGUGAUCCGCCGCUGGCAGCUGUUCCAUGGGGAGAGGCGGUGUGCCUGGAGGUGGAGGAUCGGGAGACCCUAAACCGGCAGUGUGAGGUCCCCCUGACACCCUGAUCAGGAGCCCCGACACCUUACCCGACUCGCCGACACCGGGGGCUGUUUCUCCAGGCGGGCUCCAUGCACGAUUUCGGCUGAAACCAUGUCUGUUGGUCUGGGGCUGGCGAUCCGCGAUGGCCCCGCGCUGGCCAGGCACUGCCCUGCUCACUACUAAGGCUCCGCGGAAACUUGUGUUCCUCUUCACUCUGUCCCUGUCCGUCACUUACCUCUUCUACAGCCUGCUCAGCUGCUACAGCUCGCUGCAGUUCCCUCUGCAGGACGCCGGACUCUACCUACCGCCCGACCCGGUGGACGCCAUCAGGAGCGCUUCUGCCAAGCCUGACACCGGCGCUCGGGAUUUUAUCCGGGACUCCCCGCCACCGCCGCCUGCCUCCGGGAGCGCUGGGAGGAGCGGCGGUGCAGAGUCUGAUCUGAAGCCCGCAAACUGUACUAAGGAUUUUACUGUACCGACUGACCGGGAACUUACCUCCAAAGUGCGGCACAGAGCAGUAAGUGCCUCCGGGUCACCUUCCCCACAACAUAACGACCCGGCAUCCCCGCCAUUCCGGUCCAGCGGGCACAAUAGCGGCUCCUCGGAUUUCUCUCCAAGUUUCAGGAGCUCAGUUACCCUAUCCCAGCAGGACCUCUGGUCACCUACCGUCAGGACUAAGGCGACAUUCCGCCCGGCUAUUGACAGCGCCGGUAUCCAUGGAUUAAGGUCCAGCUCAUCCACAUUGCAGAGGACCGGAUCCCGGGACAUUACCGCCACUGCUGAAAGUAUCAGCUCGUUGGGAAUAGCCAUUGAUCGGGGGUUCAGCACUGGGGACAGUAGUCCUGUCCCAAUCACUGACCGGAGAAUCAGCACCGGGGACAGAGAUACCAUUAUAGGGGGGUUCAGCACCGGGGACAGUGGUCCCAUCCCAAUCACUGACCGGAGAAUCAGCACCGGGGACAGAGAUCCCAUUAUAGGGGGUGUCAGCACCGGGGACAGAGAUCCCAUUCCAAUCACUGACCGGAGAAUCAGCACCGGGGACAGAGAUCCCAUUAUAGGGGGCUUCAGGACCGGGGACAGUAGUCCCAUUCCAAUCACUGACCGGAGAAUCAGCACCGGGGACAGAGAUCCCAUUAUAGGGGGGUUCAGGACCGGGGACAGUGGUCCCAUUCCAAUCACUGACCGGAGAAUCAGCACCGGGGACAGAGAUACCAUUAUAGGGGGCACCGGGGACAGAGAUCCCAUUAUAGGGGGGUUCAGCACCGGAGACAGUGGUCCUUUCCCAAUCACUGACCGGAGAAUCAGCACCGGGGAUAGAGAUACCAUUAUAGGGGGGGUCAGCACCGGGGACAGAGAUCCCAUUCCAAUCACUGACAGGAGAAUCAGCACCGGGGACAGAGAUCCUAUAAUAGGGGGGUUUAGCACCGGGGACAGAGAUCCCAUUCUAAUCACUGACCGGAGAAUCAGCACCGGGGACAGAGAUCCCAUUUUAAGGGGGUUCAACACGGGGGACAGAGAUCCCACUAUAGGGGGGUUCAACACGAGGGACAGAGAUCCCAUCCCAUUCACUGACCAUCGAAUCAGCACCGGGGACAGAGAUCCUAUACAAUUCACCGAGCGAAAAAUCAGCACUAGGGACAGAGAUCCCAUUAUAGGGGGAGUCAGCACCGUGGACAGCCACCCUAUUAUAGACAGUGAUAGAGGGUUCAGCACCUUGGACAGCUCCCCUAUUGUAGGCAGUGAUAGAGGGUUCAGCACCGGGGACAGCGAUCCUAUUACGGAUAUUGAUAGCGGGAUCAGCACCUUGGAGAGCGCCCCUAUUAGGACCAGUGAUAGAGGGAUCGGUACCCUGGACAGCGCUCCUAUUAUCGGGGGUUUCAGCACCGGGGACAGCGCUCCUAUUAGGACCAGUGAUAGAGGGAUCGGUACCCUGGACAGCGCUCCUAUUAUCGGGGGUUUCAGCACCGGGGACAGCGCUCCUAUUAGGACCAGUGAUAGAGGGAUCGGUACCCUGCACAGCGCUCCUAUUAUCGGGGGUUUCAGCACCGGGGACAGCGCUCCUAUUAGGACCAGUGAUAGAGGGAUCAGCACCGGGGACAGCGCUCCUAUUAGGACCAGUGAUAGAGGGAUCAGCACCGGGGACAGCGCUCCUAUUAGGACCAGUGGUAGAGGGAUCAGCACCGGGGACAGCGCUCCUAUUAGGACCAGUGGUAGAGGGAUCAGCACCGGGGACAGCGCUCCCGUUCUAGGCAGCCACCAGAGAAGCAGCACCCAUACUGACCACAAUACCGGCAUUGCACCCUCUGACCCCAGCCUGUCCGGUCACACCAUAGAUCAGCCUUCACUCCAAGGAUUGGGUAAUAAUCAGCCUCAUCUCACGGAUGGUCAAACCCCCGGUGUCUCCGCUGACAGCACAGCAAGCUCCAGCUUGGCUCCUCCGCUCAUGGACUCCAGCACAGCCGUCUUUGUGUCUUCUAGAGUUUCCGAUCAGAAGUACCGAGAGUCUGCAGAGCCCGGUAUAGACCCGGUAGGGGAGCAGACUGGGGUCCCAGCUGGGGGUUCUGGGGAGGUCAGUAGAUUUUCGGAUUUUGCAGGCAAUGAACCCAGCUGGGACAGAACUCCACUGGCUGCCACUGAGAUGAUCCCAGAAUCUCAUACUGGAUAUUUGGAGAGGGAACCCCAGGAGUCCAGCACCAUAGACGAUGAGCUGAGUAGAAGAAUGUCGGUGAAUAGUACGGUUGAGUAUGGGGACAAAAGGCUGCCUCAGGCGAUUAUUAUUGGGGUGAAAAAAGGAGGCACCAGAGCUUUGCUGGAGGCACUAAGAGCCCAUCCUGAUGUCAGGGCUGUUGGUGUAGAGCCCCACUUUUUCGAUAGGAACUAUGAGAAAGGGCUGGAGUGGUACCGAGAUCUGAUGCCAAGAACAAUAGAAGGGCAGAUUACAAUGGAGAAGACACCAAGUUAUUUUGUCACCAAUGAAGCUCCACAGCGAAUACAUUCAAUGGCCAAAGACACUAAACUUAUUGUGGUGGUCAGAAAUCCAGUUACUCGUGCCAUAUCUGAUUAUACCCAGACUCUUUCCAAGAAACCGGAAAUUCCAACAUUUGAGGUCCUUGCCUUCAAAAACAGAACCCUGGGAUUGAUUGAUGCAUCUUGGAGUGCACUGCGGAUAGGCAUCUAUGCUUUACAUCUAGAAAGCUGGAUGCAAUACUUUCCCCUUUCACAGAUACUUUUCGUCAGUGGAGAGCGUCUCAUCACCAACCCAGCAGAAGAGCUGGCCAAAGUCCAAGACUUCUUGGGUCUACAACGGAUUAUCACAGAUAAAUAUUUUUAUUUUAAUAAAACCAAAGGCUUCCCAUGCCUGAAGAAGCCAGAAGAUACAGGAGCUCCCAGAUGCUUGGGAAAGUCCAAGGGUCGGACUCAUCCCAAAAUUGACCCCGAUGUCAUCCAGCGCUUGAGGAAAUUUUACAAACCUUUCAAUGCUAUGUUCUACCAAAUGACAGGACAGGACUUUCAGUGGGAAAAAGAAGAACUAGAAGGUUAAAAUGGACACAUGGGAUUAUUACAAAUGAAAACAAUUAUAGGGGAAAUUAAAGACUUGUCAGUGUACAGAAAAUAUUUACCAUUUUGCCAAAAAAACAAAAAAAUUGUAAAAAAAAAAAGUUCUAGUUUCUAUAACGGCACAGUGCAUUCUUUGGAAUGGUGAUACAGGUAAAUCACUCAUACCCCACACAUUUUUAAUGUAAAAAAGUAAAAAUAAUUUACUAAUUUAAAAAAAGGUUUAUUGGCCAUUAUAGGAGAAAUGCUUAUUUUUUGCAAAGAAAUCAAAAUGUCAAUAUUAUUAAUAUAUUGAAAAAUAAUAUUUUAUUCAAAUAAAAAACAAGACAAAGACAAACAAGAAAUAAAUUAAAUGUAUGUGAUUUACCUGUGGGGAUAUAAUGAAGCUGAAAACACAAUUUUUUGCUGUAAACCAUACUAAGCCAUUCACUAUCUAGCUUUUAUUUAAUGUGCACUUGAACACAUUUUAUGGUUGCUAAGGGUUACAGCACACAUGUGGUAUUUGAAAUAAGGCUAUAAUGCAUUGAAUAUAUCUGUGUUCAGUGCCCCCCUAAUUCACAUGAGAGUAAUGCAGUUUGGAAAGCACUAUAAAAUGGGGAAUUGUAAAGACUAUGGGAUAGCACGCAUACAUCUAAAAUUGUGUAUUUUGUCAAAGGACACAGGAGAAUCAUAUCACAUUGUUAUUAUUUUUAUUUUAAAAGUAGUUGCCAAAAAAAUACUACCAAGCAGAGACAAUAUUAAAGAACAGAUGUUUAUUGUAUAAUUUAUUUUAAAAACUGGGUAUUGAGGUUUCUUUAAAAAUAUUUUACGUUGUUUUGUGAAAUGUUUCAUUUACGAAAAAAAAAGAAACACUAAAAUAAAUUUAAAUUAUUUUAAUUUUGCAGCACAAUCAAAAUUGUAGCUUGGAUCUGAAAGACAAUGCAACGCUAGUCACAAGUUCUUCAUAGCUACAAUACAUGUACUGGCUUAUUCAUUAAGGAAAAGAACAAAGUAGAGUAACUGUUGGCAACCAAUCAUAAUAAUUAUUUCAUUCAUUUUAUAUCAAUACACGGAAACCUGUUUUGUUGCUAUGCAAUGACCUUGCUGUGCUAUACAAUUUGCAAUUAAGUUGUUCUCUUUGUUCUGUCUUAUUGAAUUAGACCUUUAGAGAACAAGGGUUACUAAUGUUUGUAUUUCUACUAUGAGACAAAGUGGAUCUAAUAUGAGAUUUUUAAAAUGUAUGUAUAGCAAAAACUUUAUUUUUGUUUUAGAAAAGAGAAAAGGGCUAAAACUCAAGUCAAUUAAACAUUUGCUGUCUUUGUUC